GUGGGCGGGGCCUGCCGCGCGUCACCGCUGACGUACCGCUGGACCCUCGCCGCCGGUCUCGGCCGAACUCAGGAACCCCGGGCCCCGAUGCGCACUAAGAUGGCUGCUCCGGCUCUAGCCGAUUUCAGAUGCUUCAAGUGUUGUGAACAGAGACUUGUUUGGAUUAUGUGUUUCUCAGAUAGACUGAAUAACUACUAACGAUGGAUAAAUGCAAACACAUUGGGCAGUUGGAGCUUGCUCAAGACCAUUCCAUCCUCAGCCCUCAGAAAUGGUAUUGUAUGGACUGCAAUACGACUGAGUCAAUCUGGGCUUGCCUCAGCUGUUCCCAUGUUGCCUGUGGACGGUAUAUUGCUGAGCACGCACUGAGGCACUUCCAAGAAAGCAGUCAUCCUGUUGCGCUGGAGGUGAAUGACAUGUAUGUUUUUUGUUAUCUUUGUAAUGAUUAUGUUCUAAAUGAUAAUGCAGCUGGAGACCUGAAGUUCCUACGAAGUACAUUAAGUACAAUCAAAAGUCAAAAUUACCAUUGUGCAGUUCGGAGUGAAAGGGUUUUACAGUCUGUUGACACAAGUGACAGUUCUUACUGCUUGCAUGAUGGCACCCAAUCUCUGCCUCAAAAUGAAGAUCAAAUGUGUACUGCCGUCUGGCACAGGAGAAAGAUGCUCAUGGGUAAAAUCUUUCGAACUUGGUUUGAACAGUCACCCAUUGGGAGAAAAAAGCAAGAACAAUUUCAGGAAAAAGUAGCAAAAAGAGAAGUAAAGAAAAGACAAGAAGAAUCAGAGCAUGAGGUGAAAGCAGAAUUGGAAAGCACGCCUCCAAGGAAGAGUCUACGCUUGCAAGGCCUAGCUGAGUCCACCACGGUAGAGAUAGUUCCAGUUCAAGUACCACCACAGACUGCAGCAUCGCCAGCCAAAGAUAAAGGGGUAUUAUCUACCUCAGAAGAUGUAAAAUUUAAAAAAGUAAGUGACUCUUCAGUUAAGCGAAGGCCAGUAGUAACUCCUGGUGUAACAGGAUUGAGAAAUUUAGGAAAUACUUGCUAUAUGAAUUCUGUUCUUCAAGUACUGAGCCACUUGCUUAUUUUUCGACAAUGUUUUUUAAAGCUUGAUCUGAACCAGUGGCUGGCUGUGACUGCUAGUGAUAAGACAAGAACUUGCAAGCAUUCCCCUGUCACAGACACAGUAGUACAUCAAAUGAAUAAAGGCCAAGAAAAAGAUAAAGGCUUUGUUUGCUCCAGACAUCCAAGCUUAUCUGGCCUAAGUGGUGGAGCAUCAAAAGGUAGAAAUAUGGAACUUAUUCAGCCAAGGGAGCCGAGUUCACAAUACAGUUCUCUAUGUCAUGAAUUACACACUUUGUUCCAAGUCAUGUGGUCUGGAGAGUGGGCCUUGGUCUCACCAUUUGCUAUGCUACACUCAGUGUGGAAACUAAUUCCUGCUUUUCGUGGUUAUGCCCAACAAGAUGCUCAGGAAUUUCUUUGUGAACUUUUGGAUACAAUACAACGUGAACUAGAAACAACUGGUACCAAGUUACCAGCUCUUAUUCCCACUUCUCAAAGAAAACUUAUUGAACACGUUCUGAAUGUUGUAAAUAACAUUUUUCAUGGACAACUUCUUAGUCAGGUUACAUGUCUUUCAUGUAACAACAAAUCAAAUACCAUAGAACCAUUCUGGGACUUGUCACUGGAAUUUCCAGAAAGAUACCAAUGCAGUGGAAAAGAUACUGCCUCCCAGCCAUGCCUGGUUACAGAAAUGUUGGGCAAAUUUACCGAAAAAGAAGAUUUAGAAGGAAGAAUCUAUGUAUGUGACCACUGUAACUCAAAGCGUAGAAAGUUUUCGACAAAACCAGUUGUACUCACAGAAGCCCAGAAACAGCUUAUGAUAUGCCACCUACCUCAGGUUCUCAGACUACACCUCAAACGAUUCAGAUGGUCAGGACGUAAUAACCGAGAGAAGAUUGGCGUUCAUGUUGUCUUUGAGGAAAUCUUAAACAUGGAGCCCUAUUGCUGCGGGGAGACCCUGAAAUCCCUCAGAUCAGAAUGCUUUAUGUAUGACUUAUCUGCUGUAGUAAUGCACCAUGGGAAAGGAUUUGGCUCAGGACACUAUACUGCCUACUGCUACAAUUCUGAAGGAGGGUUCUGGGUACACUGCAAUGAUUCCAAGCUAAGCAUGUGCACUAUGGAUGAAGUACGAAAGGCCCAAGCUUAUAUCUUAUUUUAUACUCAGCGCCUUACUGAGAAUGGACAUUCUAAACUCUUGCCUCCUGAACUCCUGCCUAAUAGUCAACAUCCCAGUGAAGAAACUGAUACCUCUUCUAAUGAAAUCCUUAGCUGAUCCAGACAGUUGGGCUUUCUUCCUGUUAUUUGUAUAUAUACUUUUUAAAUGGGCUGACUUAACAAUGUUGAGCUUCAUUGUUUUUAUUUUUUUAAUUAUGAUCAGUGGCAUGCUAUGUUUAUACAUUUUGUAUUUAACUA